AUGGGGGAGAGCGCUGCCAGCCACGGGCUACUAGCCACGGGGGCCACAGGGAGGCAGUCACUCUUUGAAUCCCGGGGCCGGGAGGGAGGCCUCAGCCCUGCCCUUGGCCCCCAGAGGCGCUGGUCAGCUGUCCUGUCAGAGGGAAGGCUGGACUGGGCAGGCCACUGGUCUGAGCCAGCAGGGCAAGGACGGCCGAAGAAACUCCUCGUGGGCGUCCAGGAGGCGCUUGGCAGAAGGCAGGACGGAAAUGUCCUUGGAGACUUCGGAGCAGGUGCCGGAUCGGACCCCGGCAGCUGCCCGGCCACUUUUCCCAGCCUCUUGUUCCCCAAGAGGCCCACGGGGUGCGUCCAGGAGGAACUCGAGUGCGCACCAAGGACUCUGCCAAACGCCUUCCUUAAGUUCUCGUGCUGCGGCAGGGAAUUCCCCCCACCCCCCCUGCAAUUUGGCUUCCUCCUGACUCUCGUCUCCCCCACAGAGCAAACGGCUCAGCUCAAGAAGCUUCAGGAAGAGGAGAAGCGGCAGAAGGUCGAGUUUCGGAAGCGGAUGGAGAACGAGAUAUCCGGCUUCAUUCAGGACAGCAGCCAAACCAAGAAGAGAUUCCAGCCCAUGAACAAGGUUGAGCGCAGCAUCCUGCACGACGUGGUCGAAGUGGCCGGGCUGGCCUCUUUCUCCUUCGGGGAUGACAAGGAGGACUCGCGCUACAUUAUGAUUUUCAAGAAGGAAUUUGCCCCAUGUGACGAAGAACUGGAAACCUACCGCAGAGGGGAGGAGUGGGAUCCGCGGCAAGCCCAGGAGAAGCGCCGGCUGAAGGAGCUGGCUCAGAAGCAGGCGGAAGAGGAGGCCCUGCGGGGGCCGACCAUCGUGAGCCCCCACACCGACUACAAGGACAAGUACAGCCACCUCAUCGGCAAGGUGGCCGCGAAGGACGCCGCCCACACCAUGGAGGCCAACAAGGCCUACGGCUGUGUUCCUGUGGCCAACAAGAGGGACACGCGCUCCAUCGAGGAAGCCAUGAACGAAAUCCGGGCCAAGAAGCGCCUGCGGCAGGCGGAGGAGACCCCGGCGCCCCCCGGCAAGAGCUCGUAGGAGGGGGCGACUGUUCCCCUGAAGCCGCCCUGCAGAACUCCGGGGGUUGUCUUCAGAGCCGCUGCUGCUGCUAUUCGUCAAUCCUGUUUUGGGUGCUCCAGAGAGGAGAGGAACUGCCUCCCGCCCUCCCCCCCCCCCCCCCCCCC